CUCGUCCUACUUAGUGUCCUUUCAUUCCUCUCCACCAAGCUUGUUCAAUUUGCUUCAGAAUUGGGGGAAGAAAUUACAGCUGGAAAAUGCAUGAACGAGUUUUUAAAACCUACAGGUUCUUCUGACUUUAGCAUCAGUUGUUAUAUUGCCAGGUAAAGAUAAAUGCAGAUGUUGGACCAUGUCAAAAAUCUUGUCAAGAGAGUGGAUUGUUUCAUACAGAAAUGAGAUGUGGCUUCUGAUUCUGGUGGCAUACUUGUUCCAGAGAAAUGUGAAUUCAGGACACAUGCCUACUAUAGCUGUGGACCCAGAAGCAUUCAUGAAUAUUAGCGAAAUCAUCCAACACAAAGGCUAUCCCUGUGAGGAGUAUGAAGUUGCAACAGAAGAUGGAUAUAUCCUUUCUGUUAACAGGAUUCCACAAGGCCUUGUGCAACAUAAAAAGACAGGUCCCAGGCCUGUGGUGUUACUGCAGCAUGGCCUGUUUGGAGCUGCUAGCAACUGGAUUUCCAACCUGCCCAACAACAGCCUGGGCUUCAUUCUGGCAGAUGCUGGUUUUGAUGUGUGGAUGGGGAAUAGCAGGGGAAACACCUGGUCUCGGAAACACAAGACCCUCUCCAUAGACCAAGAUGAGUUCUGGGCUUUCAGUUAUGACGAGAUGGCUAGGUUUGACCUUCCUGCAGUCAUAAACUUUAUUUUGCAGAAAACAGGCCAGGAAAAGAUCUAUUAUGUCGGCUAUUCACAGGGCACCACCAUAGGCUUUAUUGCCUUUUCGACCAUGCCAGAGCUGGCUCAGAAAAUAAAAACGUAUUUUGCUUUAGCACCCAUAGCAACCAUUAAAUAUGCAAAAAGCCCUGGGACCAAAUUUUUGUUGCUGCCAGAUAUGAUGAUCAAGGGAUUGUUUGGCAAAAAAGAAUUUCUGUACCAGACCAGAUUUCUCAGACAGUUUGUUAUUUACCUUUGUGGCCAAGUGGUUCUCGAUCAGAUUUGUAGCAACAUCAUGUUACUCCUUGGAGGAUUUAAUGCGAACAAUAUGAACAUGAGCCGAGUAAAUGUCUAUGUCGCUCACACUCCUGCUGGAACAUCUGUGCAAAAUAUCUUACACUGGAGCCAGGCAGUGAAUUCUGGGGAACUCCGGGCAUUUGACUGGGGCAGCGAGACCAAAAAUCUGGAGAAAAGCAAUCAGCCAACUCCUGUAAGGUACAAAGUUAGAGACAUGACGGUCCCUACAGCAAUGUGGACUGGAGGUCAGGACUGGCUUUCAAAUCCAGAAGAUGUGAGAACCCUGCUCUCCGAGGUGACCCACCUCAUCUACCAUAAGAACAUUCCCGAAUGGGCUCAUGCGGAUUUCAUUUGGGGUUUGGAUGCCCCUCACCGUGUGUAUAAUGAAAUCAUACAUCUGAUGAAGCAGGAAGAGACCAGCCUUUCCCAGGGAACUUUCGGUGUCAGCUUGUAAAGUCUCUGAUAUGGACAAGUCUUAGGAAAAACCUCACGGAAGAUAUGACCGGAAAAUGGGGCCGGAAUCUACAGAUGGAGGAUUUUAAAGAUUUCCAGCAUUGGAAGCCUAGCUUUUAGUAGAAGGGAGAUAGUGAAAGGAAGGCAAAGAUAUAAUAUACAUUCUUUCAGAUUAACCGCCCUAGAACUGACAUUUAGUUUUCUUUCAAUAAAUUAAACUACUCAUGGGGUGAACAUAGGUUUCCUGUGCUAUUAUAUAUUCUGCCGCCUUAAAGGGUAGGUUUUCCAUGACAGCUAAAAAUUAUCUAGAUUUUCUUUAUGUCAUUCAGGUAAACCUCCUUAAAAGGUUUUUUUCUAUGAGCCAUUUUUUUGGAGUAACAAAGUGAAAGGACAAAUUGGGACAGAGGCAGAGGUCUUGAAUCUCUGGAUCGUUGCUGAAUUUGGGAAAAUAGUCUAAACGUUUCUACCUUAUUGCUACAGAAACAGCACGACCUCAGGAAGCCACACUGCUUUAACAAAAGAAGAAAAAGAAAACUCAAUGAA